AUGGUCUUCGAGAGAAUUGAGAAGGCAGAGAAACUGUUCGAAAGAAGCCAAAAUUUACAAAAAUCAAGGAAGGGACUGUCAAAAUUAAAGAGGAAAAUAUUAGCUCAAGUUAAGUUUCUAAAAUCGGUUCGUAUUAUCAUCAAUCAGCCUACGUACAAUUGUAGCGUCAUAGGCAUGUUUGUUACGAUUCUGUCGUUGAGAGCAUCCUUGACUUCUUGACCCUUACAUCUGAAGAACGUAACGUGGUCUUGGUAGUGCUAGAGUGUAGUGUUCUGAAACAAUUCGCAUGUUUUUGUUUUUCUUCAGCUAAACAUUGAUACAACGCCUUUGAAAGACUCGCACAUGAAAAGCAAAAACCUUUUAGUAUUUUUCGAAGCUGUGCUCGCAACAGCUGGACAAGAGAAAGAUCUGCGUGCUGUUUUCAAGCCUUUUUGGGAUAUCACACGGGAGUUGAGCUAUGAAGUGGAUGUUGUUGCCGACAAUGGACAUUACUGGAUUAAGGUUACUGCAAGAAAUGCAUCUGCACUCCAUAGUACAUGGCAAGGUAACAAUCUGUACAUUUUGUUUUAAAUAUAAAAGCCAUCACAGGGUUUUCAGUAAGAUUUUAAGUAGGUGGCAAAAGUUUUGGAGUAAGUGGAGAAGGAAAAAACUCGUGGCAAAGGAGCAACUUGCCAGUGCCCAAAAUCGCUAGUCACUGGAAAAAUUUUGAAAUCUGGGCUUCUUAGAAUGAAUGCAUUUUCAGCAUUCUGGAGCAAAAAUUAGAGUGUUUGAACAGAACACAGACACCAUUAAAUUUUAGCUUUUUUAUUCAGUGACUCUAUUUAACUGGGGUAAUUUGCAAAGAGAAGUAGGCGGUAAGUUCACGUGAAAUAGCUGACGAUUUAGCCUGCCACUGGCUCUUAUUGAAAACCCUGCAUCGCACAUGCCAUUUACUUUACCGAGUGGCUAUUCGCAAGCACUGACUCGAAAUGGUAGGCUUCUAUUUAGGGUUGGGGUUGUUGUUAUGUAACUUCAAAUCAAACUUACAUCAGCAGUGAAUCCUCAGUGGUCUACGGGGGGUACUCCCUAUAAUGGCCUACACGGGAGGCUCCAACCGAAAGGGGUACCUUUUUCAGGCUUUGGGUAUAUGAAAGGGUAGGGAUUUUACCCGUUGAAGUAUCUGUCAGUUGGGUCUGUGAAAGGGCCCAAAGGGCUAACAGAUAAAUUUUAUGGCUUUUUCUAAAGUCGAGAAAACGUUCUAUUUUUGUGAUUGAUUCCUAUUUAAAUAACAGUGCAUUUACAACAGUUAAAAGGGAUGCAAAGUUCUAAACAAGGUAUGUGAAAGGGGUUCCAUUUGUCAAUAGAAGCCGGUAUAUGAAAGGGGCACCUUUUUGUGAAGAGUGGUAUAUAAAAGGGUAAGGGGUUGGACCACGGGGCGGAGCCUCCCCGUAUAAAAAAUUUAUUGAGUACCCCCCACCCCCCCUAUUGGUGGUCUAUUGGUUUACAUAGUACAGUGUAGACUGCAGACCCAUACUCUGAUUUGGAAUCUCACUCUGGUUACUCUAAAAUUUUUUUACAUUUGAAAUUGAACAGACUUUUCUUAUGAACAUUAAUUUUGUUGAGCAGAAAUUUCAAUGGUGGUAGAAUACAGUGUACAUUUAACUAGUGAAGAUGGAACAGCUGUAUGAACUUAUCUUAUAAAAUAUAGUGAUCACAAAUUUACUUCUGUGGAAAGAAUCCCAUAAGAUUUGGAAGUACAAGUUAGUGUAUGGAUUCCGUAUAAAUAACCACUGGGUUUACUUUACGUAUCAACCUCAACAUGUCUCCCUCUGGCAAACCCUGGGGACAUCAAUGGGUCAUGCAGGGGUUUGACGACUUACUGUAGUUCUUACUGAGGUGGAGAAUUUAACACAAAACAAAUUGCAUCAUUUUUCACAUCUCUAAUACCAUGAUGAAAAUCAUAGGUUGCAUUGGCAUUAGUCACUGGUGAUUGUUCCUGCCAAGAGAGAUGGCUAGAUGCAUGAAUCAGUGACCUCGUCUUUGAUGUAAAUUGAAAAAAUUGAUUUACAUUGUAUGCAGUAAGUUCACCAGAGGUGAAAAUUGUACUCCAAGCUUCUAACACUUUUAAAUUUUUUAAAGACAAAACUUGAGUACUAUGCUGAGCCCUCGGAUUAUUAUUGUCAAUGUCAUUGUAAGGUUAGCUACAGUGUAUGUUAAUUAUGAGAAAAUGUGCUGAUUAUGUGAUAAAUAUACUUACAGGUCAUGGUGACUUUGGUGAUAAAGACAUACAUGUAGUCCAUCAAGCCAAUGUACUGUGUGUUGUGUGUGUACAGAAGAAUUUAUUGUUAAAACCAGAGGUAUCCUCAAAAGGCAAUGUUUUCCUAUUGGUGUGAAAGCAUGGUUGUUUUUAAAGAGUAGGAGCAGGGCUUGAAAAAUGUCCCCUCCGGCCAUCCAGAAGAGUGAAAAAACUAAAUGUGAAUGUAGCUAAAAAUUAAUGUGUAAUUAAUGCUUCUACUGUUUCAAAAGCAUAUUCAACCAGCAGUUAUGGUACAGUGUAACUAGAAAAACCAAGUUUUAGUAAACUCAGCGUGCAAAGAAAGUCGUGUCCGAUAGCCCAGGGCUAGUGAAUUUUGCUAUCGGGCCAGUGGUUUUUGUUUUUA